AGGUUCGGUCGAGGGCAACCUCACUGUCCUGCGCGUCGCACGAUUGCUGCGCCUCACGCGGAUGAUCCGCCUGCUGAAGUCGAUGCCGAUGAUGAUGACGCUGCUGAAAGGAGAAUCACCACUUCGAUUCGGCCCGUGAGCAUCGCGGUGGGCUUGCUGCUGAUCAUCAUCUACAUCUUCAGCAUCAUCUGGGGGAACGACCUGGUGGAGCCCGGCGGCAUCCUCGAGCAGGAGAGUACUUCCCCUCCGUGACGCACACGAUGCUUUUCCUGCUGAUGCACGGGACGUUCUUGGACUCCGUGGGGACGAAGGGCUUCGUGAUCAACAGCGAGGGCGGCAACACUUUGACGUGCGUUUUCUUGUUAUACAUAACUACGACCAGCGUUCUUAUGCUCAACAUGUUGAUAGGAGAGUUGUCUGCGAAAUGGUGUCCAUUGUGAAGCGUAGCGAAGACGAGCUGAUGGCAAAGGUAACGCUGCGGGGCAAGCUGCACGACAUCAUGGACGUGUACGACUCGGACGGCAACGGGAAACUAAAGCAGUCCGAGUUCGACCUGUUCAUCCGCAAUGUCGAGGUGAUGCAGGCGCUCCACCACUUCGACGUCGACAUCAAGGGCCUCAUGACGCUCUGCGAGAUGUUGUUCUCGCACGUCUCCCCUGACGGCCAGACCGAGGAGGUCGCCCUGAGUUUCGACGAGAUCAUGAACCUGGCGGUGCGCCUCAAGGGCACCAGCGCCUGCCGGGUGGAGGACGACAUCGUGAAGCUGCGCGAGUUCACCAAGUACCGCCUCGAGAUGCUGGAGGAGCACUUGAUCUACAACCAGAGGACUAUUCUUCUGGAUGCUGUUCGAGCUCGUCGAGCGCGUUGGCGCGCAGGCCUUCCUGGCCGCCCACCCGAGCGGCCCCUGCGGCUCGCCCGCCGACCCUGGGGAGGUGGCGCCGCGGAGCCCCCCCGGCUGCCCAGGCUGAGCGGCAAGCCGCCCCACCCCACCCCCGCGCGGUGGCCGAAAGACGCACCAACAGGGGAGUGGGCCUCCCGCUCGUCCACCUCCUCGUCCUUGCUCCUCGUCCUUCCUCGUCCUAGCUCCCCCUCCUCACCCAUCCUCCUCGUGACUGGCCUGAUUUUUAUAUUUCGCGCCUCCGGACCCGCGCGUGGCGGGCUAAAAAUGAGCUGCAGGCCGCCACCGCCAGUCCCGCAUGCUGGCCUUCUAGGGUGAGCCGCGCUGCGCGUCAAGACGCCGCGCCUGGCGCGGCCUCCACGGGCUUUGUUGCUGCUACUCCCCUUCCUCCUUGCUCCGCCCCAUCAUCAUAAUCAUCGUUAUCCCCAUCAUUAUCCUCCUCUCUGCCAUGCGCGGGGCACUGGCUCGAAGUACGCGCCUCGUGUUGGCAGUCGCGCCACACCCCGCGCUGGCUCUACAGUGCCCAUUUGUUUCCCCCAGCUUGCAGCCUCGCUGACCCAUUCCCGCCCGUGAGGAUUUCAAUCCCAGGCCAUGGAUUCCAGUCUUUCUGACAUCCGCCGCUUCGAUCUUUUCAAUCCGCGCGCCGCUCCGAUCUUGUCGGCCUGCGGCCGCAGAGGUCCCCACCAGCCGAGCUCGAGGGAGCAGCCGCCGGGCUCGAAGAAGUCGGAUCGCCAGAGCGCGUCGGCGGCGCUGUUUUGAGAAGCCCGCUCGCUGCGCGGGCCGCGCGGCGGUGGGCACCGCCACGCCGCCCCCGACCGCCGUCCGGCCGCGAGGGCCGCUAGCCACGGCGCCGCUGCGCGAACGCCGCGCGCUGGGCCAGACAGAGCGGGU